ACUACACCACUAAUACGUACAGUUCUGGUGCAGUGAGUGGCUGCCAGUAUUCCGAAUAAUUUAAGGUAACUUCAGUUGUUGGAGUCUUUUUUGCCCUGACGCCGGCUGCCACCAUGAAGAGGCUACUAUUUUUUCUUUUGGUCGCCCUUUUUAAUACCGUCUUUACUCUGGCCAUUGAUCAAUACAGCAGCUUUACUCAUUGUCGGACAUUUAAAAACCUCACUGCGCUGGAGGUCCUACCGGGUGGCGGCUGGGACAACCUGAGGAACAUAGACAUGGGUCGAGUGAUGAACUUCAACUACUCCCAGUGUCAGACCACAGAGGACGGGGACUACCUCAUCCCUGACGAGGUGUUUGUGAUCCCCCAAAAGGAGACGGAUGUAAAGACCAGCUCAGAGAUCAUCAGCUCAUGGACAGACCAGAAGAGUGUCACCUGUAAAUCCAUAAAUGCAGAACCAUCCUUUCUUAUGGUCUUGAAUGGCAAAUUUUCAAUAGAAAACCAGAGGAUGAAAACGGCACAGAUCAAAAAUUCAUCUCAAACAGCAAGAGUACAGGUGCGUGACUUCAUCUACACAGUGAAGGCAAACCCAGACUUCACACUGGACUCACGUUUUCUUCAGCAAGUCAAAGACAUAGCAGAUGCCAUUGAAAACAACCAGACAAAGAAUGCCGCGUAUCUGUCUGAGAAGUUGGUGGUGGACUAUGGAACCCACGUGAUCACCAGUGUUGAUGCCGGAGCCUCUUUAGUGGAAGAGGACUACCUCAACUCAAAGUAUGUCUCAGAUAAUGCACAGCAGCUCUCCAAUAUAGAAGCAGAGGCAGGUUUUCACUUUUUUAAUUUACUCAAAUUUAAGUUUGACGUUGGUGUGAAGAAUCUUGAUGGAAGUUCAUCCCAUGAGACUUACGAGUCAAACAUAAAACACUCUAAUAUUGAGAGUCACGGAGGUGUGCCUUUCUAUUUUGGACUCACUCUGCAACAGUGGCAAGAAAGUACAAAGAACAAUUUGGUGGCUAUUGAUCGCUCAGGAGUCCCCCUACACUAUAUUAUCAAUCACAACACAGUCCCUGAUAUACCAGAACCCACUGUAGAAAUGGUGUCUGAUUCUAUUAAAAAUGCCAUAGAUCGAUAUUAUGCAGUCAACACUCGUCCAGGCUGUGUAGAUGUCAACUCCAGGAACUUCAACUUUCAGGCAAAUGUUGAUGAUGGAUCAUGUGAGGGCCCAGGCACUAACCUCAGCUUUGGGGGUGUCUAUCAACAGUGUAAUCAGACGGACGAAGAUGCAGGACCACUUUGUGAGAAACUGGCCCAAAAAAACCCAGACACAGGUGACUUCUCCUGUCGUUCUCCUUACACACCCACUUUACUGAGAUCUGAAGUGAGACAGGAAGAAUAUACUCAGAAGGAAUGCCAUGAUGAAACAUACAGAUGUGGAUUUUUAUACUUAACACAUUGCACCAAAAAGAUUUGUCAGGAUAAAUCCCUUGUCCGCUCCGCCCUUAUUGACACAUACUGGUGCUCAAAUAAUGAAAUGGCCUUGGUCAACUCUGGGUAUCUCUUCGGAGGGCUCUAUAGCAAAGAGGUUCCUAAUCCGAUCACCAACUCCAAAGACUGUCCCCCAAACUUUAUUGCAGUAAAAUUUCUCUCAGAAGAAAUAAUGCUGUGUCUGAGCCAUGACUACGAAACAGGCUCAAGAUAUGCAGUGCCCUUUGGAGGCUUCCUCAGCUGUGAGUCAAACAACCCUCUAGCAAACAAUCAACACCACUGCCCUCUUAAAUUCAGCCAACACCUUGUUACAUCGAGCAAUGACUGUGAGAUCCACUACUGUGUCCAGUCAAUGUCUUUUACUGGAGGAGAGCUGCAAACUGUCCAGCUGCCUCCCUUCGCCAAACUUCCACAAAUCAAAAUGGAAGCGAAUGGUAAUGUGAUGAUCAUGACCGAGGGAGAGAAGAACUGGGUCAGAGUGGGUAAAGACAAGCAAUGGAAGCUGGCCAAACCUGAAGAGAUCCAGGAAAUGGUGAAGAAGAUGGACCUUGAAUCCAACAAGCUGUCUAGUAGGGAAACAAUUUUGAUAGUUCUUGUGAUAGUUCUGGCUUUAGUUGCUGUGGUGGUUAUAGUGGCAGGGGUGGUGAUAAUCGUGAGAAAACCGAAGGGGCAAAGUAGUUAUGUGACAUUUGAGAACGAGAACGAGAAGGCAGUUUUGCAUGGUUCUUUAACAUAAACGAUUUGAAUCAGAUCUCAUUUUUGAAGAUGAACCCUCAAUAUAAGCAGAUCUCCAGGUGUGCAAACACUGGAGUAGACCUUGUGAUACUGGGUCAGAGAGAAAUGGUGGAAAUAGUGGAGAAAAAGUAGUUUCUAAUGGAAAAUUUUUGCUCUGUGAAAUUUUGUAUGUAAUUGUGCAUGUAUAUUCUUCUGGGCAUCUGGUCCUGUUUGUAAAUAAUUACUUGUGAAUACACAUCUUAUCUGGAAAAAAAAAAAUAUAAUAACACUAAUAACCUAAAUAAAAACAUUAUAACUUAUGACAAAUCUUCUACAACUGGGGACACUGGGUAAUAUAGCACUGUCUCAUUGUCUUAUAACAGUGUUUUUUCUUCUUUUCUUAUUCAAAUUACAUGUUUUAUGCUUUGAACAUUACAGGGAAAUGUUAAUGAUUAAAACAAUUGCACAUUUUGUUUUGUUUUCAUUAUGUAGAAUUUAAUGGCAGAGGUUCAUAUUUUGCACAGUCAGUUUGCUGUAAAGGGUUUUGAUGUUAUUGAUCAAUAAAACACAAUGGUAUAAACAG